AGCACUCGGUUAUCGGCUCAUCGAGUCUUGGCAGCUCAAAGUUCUCGAGUUGACUGAUCUGGCCUUAACAGAUACCCGGAUGUUCGCCUCAACCCGCAUUACUGUACUGAACCAACCGCCAAACAACAGCUGAGCUGUUUGACUACGCCGUUUCACGAAGAGUUCCCAGCUAUCCAGCAGCAGCAGGACAUGGCGGCAGCUGAAGCCGUGGUCACGGUUCGUCUGGUUCGGUCCUUCGAGCACAGGAACUUCAAGCCGGUGGUGUUUAGAGGAGUCAGUUUAGACCAGACGGUGCAGGACUUCAUACAGCUGGUCAGAGACGAUAUAGCAACAAGGCUAGGGCUUCCUCCUCCUUUCAAGAAACACACUUAUGACACAAUGAAGAUUAUCCACCAAGCAUAUGGAUCAAAGACUAAUGAGUUGGUGAUGAGUUUAGAGGACGAUGACAAGCUCAUUCUGCAAUAUGGCCAAACCCUUCGAGCUGCUGGCGUCGCUAAUGAAACAGAAGUUGCCUUCUUCAGGGGAGAAGACUAUGGUCUCUAUAAAGCAAAUCCCAAAACUACUUGGUGACCACAGUAUUUUACUGACUUUACCUUACGUUUACUUUCUAUAGCAAAGGGGAAUCUGAAAGGACAGAGGUCAAAGGUCAAGCAUGAAAGAAAACAAGCAUGGUGCCUUCAUGUUUAUAUCAAAGACUUUUAUUUUGUGGGGUUGCUUUUGUUUGUUUAAAAUGUUUAUUUUUUUAUUUUUCUUCUGCUAGUUGUGACCAUGGACAUUCAUUUUCAAUGUUGUUUUAAAAUAUGCCGAAUAAAGUUCUUUGACGGUU